AUGUUAUCACUAAUAAUGUCGCGAGCAAUUGCAAAUGGACUUCCGGAAUACCUUUCCCACAGAAAUGGAAUUGUGAGGAAAUCAUCAAUCAAAACGUUACAAAGGUGCACACAGCUCCCACGUAAGAAUACCAGCUAUCCAAUAAUAUCACAAGAACAGUAUGUACAGGCUCUUAAGGCUCUUCUCAGACUAUCACAGACCAUGUAUCUGCAGUUACAUGUAACUGCUUCACCAAUCUCGUUCCAACUUUGCAGGAAAAAUAUAUUCUUAAAUGACGGAGAGGGAUUAAUUUCUAAUUUGGAUAAUACCGACAUGGUGAAAUUGGGUAAGUGUAUUACUAACACUAGUAUUGUUUUAUGGAACAGUACUGACGUAGUAAAUCAUUGCCCAUAUCGAAGAGUUGGAAAAUUCGAAACUAUGAGGUACGGAGAUCACUUCAUCAUCAAUGAAUUACAAGCCUCAUUCGUACUCGAUAAAAAGGACAACACAACCAUAACGACAAAUUGCAGACUUACUAACCCCUAUUUAAUGAAAGAAACAUCCCUGAAGACGAUGAAAAUCUUACGAAAAAAUCAAAACGAGAAACAACAUAACAGUUACUUAUGGUGGAGACUUCUCCAGAAGAGACAUUCGAUCCAAAUAAUACUCGUAUUCCUACGAUCCUUAUUUUGUUUUUCACGAGAACGAAAAUCAAAUCCCAUAGAUAUAAUCGUUCUUCCUACGGAAUCUAAACGUACCCAAGUUCCAGUUAGACUUAAUACCUUUUCCUAUAGACCUGAAGACCCUCCAAUCAAACUUCCACACUAA